GGUGAUCGGCCGCUCAACGCCCCUGCUACGGGCUUCUCGACCGUCCGCCCCCUGCCGACCUCUGUGAAAAGCGCCCGCGCCGUUUGGGCGGCCGAUCUCGACGCCGACGGUUACCCAGACGUGCUGAGCGCCACUUCGAAUGGAGAUGGCGUUGGAUGGUUUCAAAACCUACGCAACGGCUCCUUUGCCCGCCAACGGCCCCUGGACCCCUUGGCCAGCGUGGCGGGGCCGCGCAGCAUUCGGGUCGCUGACCUCGAUCGCGACGGCCAUCCCGACUGCUUGGCCGCCGGCGUCCUCAAUCACGAGGUGGCCUGGUUCCGCAAUCUCGAUGGACUUGGCAACUUCUCCUCGCAGCAGACCCUGACCACGGCCCUGCAAGCCCCGCAUGCCGCCCUGCCCGCUGACCUCAACAACGACGGCCUGCCCGACCUUGUCGUCGCUGGCAGCCGCAGCGACGCCGUUGCCUGGUUCCGCAACACGGGUGCCUUGGAAGCCACAAACCCCAAUUCAACCUGGAGCGUUGACCCCCUUCUCCUGACCAACUCUGUUGAUGAGGUGCUAUCCAUCACGGCUGCCGACUUUGAUGGCGAUGGCCGCCUCGACCUGGCCAGCGCCAGUCCCUACGACGCGACCGUCGCCUGGUACCGCAACGCCGACUGGUUGUAA